AUGGUUCUCGGCGGUGGCCUGAUGGGUUCCGGUAUUGUGCAGGUCGCUGCACAGGCCGGUUACAAGGUCACGAUGGUCGACACUUCUGAUGCAGCUCUUGACAACGGCCGUUCUAUCAUCCAAAAGUCUCUUUCUCGCGUUGCCCGCAAGAAGUUCGCCGACGACGAGACUGCCCAAAAGUCCUUUGUCGAAAAGGUGUUUUCGAACAUCUCCACCUCUACCAAUGCCGACCAGACUGCUUCGGGAUCUGAUCUCGUUGUCGAGGCCAUUGUCGAGAACAUCGACAUUAAGCAAAAGGUCUUUGGUGCCCUCGACAAGGUUGCCCCAAAACACUCUAUCUUCUGCUCCAACACCUCGUCUCUUCCGGUCACAAAGAUUGCCGAAAUCGUCUCGGCUGACCGCAAGACUCGCUUUGCCGGCCUUCACUUCUUCAACCCCGUACCUGCCAUGAAACUCGUCGAGGUUGUCCGCACUGAUGCUGUUUCGGACGAAGUGUUUGAUGCCUUGUUUGAAUUCACAGCAAAGGUUGGCAAAACUCCUGUUGCCUGCAAAGAUACUCCUGGAUUUAUCGUCAAUCGCCUUCUUGUACCCUACAUGAUGGAGGCCUUUAGAAUCCUCGAGCGUGGAGAGGCUAGUGCCAAGGAUGUAGAUACUGCCAUGAAGUUGGGUGCUGGUAUGCCCAUGGGUCCCAUUGAACUCGCUGACUUUGUUGGUCUGGAUACCAUGAAGUUCAUUGUUGAUGGUUGGCAGAAGGAGGGUAUUGUUGAGCCAGCUCUGGUAAAGCCCUGCACAAUCUUGAAUGACCUUGUCAGCCAGGGUCGUCUUGGUCGCAAAACUGGUCAGGGUUUCUUUGAAUACAAGAAAUAA